GUGCGUUGCAAUCAAUGAAUAUAUACGCAGACACAUGACUAAAUUGAUUAUAAAAUAACACCUAAUUAAAUUAGUGUGCACGAUCCGCGAAGUAGAUGAUGUAAAACGAAAACCACGUUUUUUUAUUAAAAUGAAAUUUAUCAUAUUGAUAAUUUUGAUUUAUUGGUGUUCAUGCGUUAUAGCAAAUUUCAAUAGCCACAGAGGGUCAGAAUACGUCGAAGAAAAUAGUUUAUCUCUAAGAGAUAUAUUGCCAGUUAAAGUGAAACAUUAUGACAAAAAUCGAGCACCAAAAUUCCAAGGGCAACCAACAGUGGUUUAUUUCCAUGUUACUGUUCUUUCAUUAGAUUCAAUCAACGAGGAAUCUAUGACUUAUGUUACUGACAUAUUUCUCGCACAAAGCUGGAGAGAUCCACGCCUGAGAUUGCCUGAAAAUAUGAGCGAAGAAUACAGAAUUUUGGAUGUAGAAUGGCUUCACAGUAUUUGGAGGCCAGAUUGCUUCUUCAAAAAUGCUAAGAGUGUGACUUUCCACGAGAUGACCAUUCCGAACCACUAUCUUUGGCUAUAUCACGAUAAAACGUUAUUGUACAUGUCCAAGCUGACUUUAGUUCUUUCAUGUGCAAUGAAAUUCGAAUCUUAUCCUCACGACACACAGAUUUGCUCUAUGAGUAUAGAAAGUUUAUCCCAUACUGAUCACGACCUGGUUUUCAUAUGGAAUAUGACAGAUCCAUUGGUUGUUAACCCAGAGAUUGAAUUACCACAGUUAGACAUAGCAGAAAAUUACACAACCGACUGCACCAUUGAAUACUCUACAGGAAAUUUCACGUGUCUGGCAGUUGUCUUUCAACUACGCAGAAGACUUGGAUACCAUCUUUUCCACACAUAUAUACCUUCUGCAUUAAUUGUUGUAAUGUCGUGGAUAUCUUUCUGGAUCAAACCUGAAGCAAUUCCAGCUAGAGUAACUUUAGGAGUUACUUCAUUGCUCACAUUGGCCACUCAGAACACACAGUCGCAGCAGUCCCUUCCACCUGUGUCUUACGUGAAGGCAAUUGACGUUUGGAUGUCGAGUUGUUCGGUUUUUGUAUUUUUAUCCCUGAUGGAGUUCGCAGUGGUUAAUAACUACAUGGGCCCUGUGGCCACAAAGGCGAUGAAAGGUUACUCAGACGAAGAUAUCCCCUCGGAAGUUAUGGAGUAUAGGGGUAUGGAGAGAAUACGAUACAGUACCGUCAGCCAGCCUCAAUACGAAACUUUUUGUAACGGCAGAAGUAUAGCUCUCUGUAUCGAUAAAUUCUCCCGAUUCUUUUUUCCAUUCUCAUUUUUGAUACUUAAUAUUGUAUAUUGGUGCACCUUUCUGUGAACGGGAAAUCAAUGAGUUUUUCAAAUUUCUGCACAAACAACACACAGAACUUAUUCAAUAUUCUACUUCAGCCUGUAGCUCCUCUCGUUAGAACUCAAUAAAAUUAUUAAAGUUU